UCAGCUCAUGAAUAUCAGUGCACUUCCCGGGGAGCGUCUGGCACGGCGUGGUACCUCGCGGGUUUGCCGGCUCCGAGCCGCAGCUCCAGCCCGGCAACGGACGCCGAAGGAGUCAUUCGCUCUCCCGGCCGCUGAGUCUCCGCGUUCACGCCAUUGUUUGGAGAAAGCGAGUGGGUGUGGAACUGGUGCGAACCGGCCCAGAGUGAAAGUGCUCAGCCAGACGGUCGCAUAUACAAUAGUGCGAAGUGAAACUUUCCUCGUCUCCUGAAGACACAAUAAAUCCUGAAGUCCCCGGAAGAUCAGAAGGAAAGAGCUGUCGAUUGACUUCAAAAAGCAUCGCCUCUGCUAAGAAAUUAGAAAGGAAGGUUGGUGGCAGUGAAGAGGGAAGCGAAUGAUCUGGUGAUGGACUAUUGUAAAUCACGUCCCUUAGAUUCUUCCUAGACCGCCAUGAGUCAGCCACCGACGGGGGGCGCUGCCCCUGUCACAGCCGCGGCUCCUGCCGCCACCGGUGCCACUGAGGCUCGCUUGCACCCAGAGGGCAGCAGCAGAAAGCAGCAGCGUGCUCAGUCACCCGCUAGACUGAGGGACAAUUCUGUCCGACAGGCAACCGCGACCACCCGGGCCCCAGUAGGGGCUGGCACUAAACUCAAUUCUAGUCGACAGCAGCAGCUGCAGCAGCAGCAGGGCAACAAGACCGGGAGCCGCUCAACGCCUCCGGCCAGCGCCCGGGGAAGCGGAGGCGGAGCGGAGAAGGCCGCGCCCCCGGCGCCCAAGGGGGCGGCCUCGGGAGCUGUCCAGCCUGUAGCUGGUGCUGAAGCAGCCCUAGUGGCGACCGUGGCCCCGGUGGGUGUCAGGAGGCCUGGCCUGUCGGAGGAGCCGCUCCGGGAGCUAGAGCCCGCGUCCUCUAAACUCGGGGAACCCCCUCCGCUAGGAGAAGGAGGAGGAGGGGGUGGGGAAGGAGGAGGAGCCGUCAGUGGCUCCGGGGAAAGGGAGGGGGGCGCUCCGCUGCCACCGCCGCCGCCCAGGGGCUGGCGAGGGAAAAGCGUCCGCGCUCAGCAGAGGGGCGGCAGCGGCGGGGAGGGGGCCUCCCCUUCGCUAUCCUCCUCCUCUGCGGGCAAAACCCCAGGCCCCGGCAGCAGAAAUUCCGGGCUUGGCGUGGUGGCGGGUGGCGGCGGUGCUGGAGGGAGCUACUGGAAGGAAGGAUGUCUGCAGUCUGAGCUCAUCCAAUUCCAUCUGAAGAAAGAGCGGGCAGCGGCGGCGGCCGCGGCUCAGAUGCACGCUAAGAACGGCGGCGGCAGCAGCAGCAGCCACCGCAGCUCUCCAGUCACCGGCGCCCCUGCCGUUUGUGAGCCCCUGACGGUCCCUCCCGCUUCCCCAAUGGCGGCGGCGGCAGAGGGCCCCCAACAGAGCGCAGAGGGCAGCGCGAGCGGCGGGGGCAUGCAGGCGGCUGCGCCCCCUUCGUCGCAACCGCACCCGCAGCAGCACCAGGAGCAGGAAGAAAUGCAGGAGGAGAUGGAGAAGCUGAGGGAGGAGAACGAGACUCUCAAGAACGAGAUCGAUGAGCUGAGGACCGAGAUGGACGAAAUGAGGGACACUUUCUUCGAGGAGGACGCCUGUCAACUGCAGGAAAUGCGCCACGAGUUGGAGAGAGCCAACAAAAACUGCCGGAUCCUACAGUACCGCCUCCGCAAAGCCGAGCGCAAGCGGCUCCGCUACGCGCAGACAGGCGAGAUCGACGGAGAGCUGCUGCGCAGCCUGGAGCAAGACCUCAAGGUUGCAAAGGAUGUAUCUGUGAGACUUCACCAUGAAUUGGAAAAUGUGGAAGAAAAGCGAACAACAACAGAGGAUGAAAAUGAGAAACUGAGGCAACAGCUUAUAGAAGUUGAGAUAGCAAAGCAAGCAUUACAGAAUGAACUGGAAAAAAUGAAGGAGCUAUCUUUAAAGAGAAGAGGAAGCAAAGAUUUGCCAAAAUCUGAAAAAAAGGCUCAGCAGACUCCCACAGAGGAGGACAAUGAAGAUCUGAAAUGCCAGCUGCAGUUCGUGAAGGAAGAAGCCGCUCUGAUGAGAAAGAAAAUGGCCAAGAUUGACAAAGAAAAGGACAGAUUCGAACACGAGCUCCAGAAGUACCGAUCCUUUUACGGGGAUCUGGACAGUCCUUUGCCCAAAGGAGAAGCCGGGGGCCCGCCCAGCACCAGAGAAGCCGAGCUCAAGCUGCGGCUGAGGCUGGUGGAGGAAGAAGCCAACAUCCUGGGCAGAAAGAUCGUCGAACUGGAAGUGGAGAACCGAGGCCUGAAGGCGGAACUGGACGACCUGCGGGGCGAUGACUUCAACGGCUCGGCCAACCCCCUGAUGAGGGAGCAGAGCGAAUCCCUGUCGGAGCUGCGGCAGCACCUGCAGCUGGUGGAGGAUGAGACGGAGCUGCUGCGUAGGAACGUGGCCGACCUCGAAGAGCAAAACAAGCGCAUCACGGCGGAGCUCAACAAGUACAAAUACAAAUCAGGGGGCCAUGAGAGCGCGCGGCACCACGACAGCGCCAAGACCGAGGCCCUACAGGAGGAGCUGAAGGCGGCGCGCCUGCAGAUCAACGAGCUCAGCGGCAAGGUCAUGCAGCUGCAGUACGAGAACCGCGUGCUCAUGUCCAACAUGCAGCGCUACGACCUGGCCUCACACCUGGGCAUCCGCGGCAGCCCGCGUGACAGCGACGCCGAGAGCGACGCGGGCAAAAAGGAGAGUGACGACGACUCACGGCCGCCGCAUCGCAAGCGAGAAGGGCCUAUCGGCGGCGAGAGCGACUCGGAGGAGGUGCGCAACAUCCGCUGCCUCACGCCCACCCGCUCCUUCUACCCCGCGCCGCCGCCGGGGCCCUGGCCCAAGAGCUUCUCUGACCGGCAGCAGAUGAAGGACAUCCGCUCGGAGGCUGAGCGCCUGGGCAAGACCAUCGACCGCCUCAUCGCCGACACCAGCACCAUCAUCACCGAGGCGCGCAUCUACGUGGCCAACGGGGACCUGUUCGGACUCAUGGACGAGGAGGACGACGGCAGCCGCAUCCGCGAGCACGAGCUGCUCUACCGCAUCAACGCGCAGAUGAAGGCCUUCCGCAAGGAGCUGCAGACCUUCAUCGACCGGCUCGAGGUGCCCAAGUCCGCCGACGACCCCGGCGCCGAGGAGCCCAUAUCCGUGAGUCAGGUGGAUUACUUUACCGCUGAGCCACCAGGGACCCAGCGGUAAAGAGAGAUGCUUUUGUGUCUGGAGCCCUCCCUACAAGAGGAGCAGAUAGAAGCUGCUGUUGUACCUACCACCAAAGUAACAUGAUAUUUAUUUCUAGAGAAAAUCACUGUCAGUUCUCUAGAAGACCCUCAGGCUGGGGAAGGAGUGUUACACUUUAGCCCUCAAUGCAACACUAAUUCAGAGAAAUAGUAAUAACUAUUCCCGAACAGGGAAAACCAGCGUUUUUCCUUCAUCCUAAUUGUAGAGGCACAUCUGAUGAAUUGGACUGAUCUCCUCUAGCCAGGUAUGGUGGCCAAAAACCAAUGCAUUUUGUCAGAGUUAACCACAUAAAAGAGAGUUUACAAAACAAACAGGCAGUACUACCCUUUCACAAGCCUGGUAUCUUGUAUCCAUUGAAGAACCCAUAGAAGAGCAACAGCAUGCAUGGCUUUUAAGGCAUGCAAGAGGUUUAAAUCUAAAAAUCAGUUUAUACACAGAAGCAUGAUAUUAGAUUAACUGCCUGUUAGUCACAACUAGAAAAAUCCCAACCCUAUCGCUUAUUUAUCUUGCAUGCUGCUUUGCUUUGCUAUUAAAAAAAAUAAAAAGUUUUAUGAUAAAACUUGUUGAAUUUUGAAAUGUUAAUGAUUUUUUUCUCUAUGUAUUAUGUCAAAUAGUUGGUUUUUAAUUUCCUUGUUGCAGAUUUUGAAUACUUUGCGCAUGUGUUUUUUCAAUUAUACUCUCAGAAAGAAAUAGCAGAGUAAGAGAAAGUAUGUAUAUAACAGUAGGCUUUCAGACUUUGUAAGUAUAUAUGAGGGAGGGGUCUUUAUUUUAAGUUGAAUGGAUAUGUAGAUUAGUUGAUAUAAACUUAAGUUUUAAAAAUUAUUAUUAAUUAAUUCUUCUUUUUGUCUUUGCAUUUACCU